GAUACAUCUCGGAUGAAGUUGAGAGUUUUUUGCUGACACUGAAGGGGAACUGAGGUUAGAAUGAAGAUGUAACUGAUACGUGUAUAUGACACGGGGAUGAUUGGCGAGAGACAGUAAUAAAAGUUACGACUUUACCCGUCAAAUUGCGUAAGCGUUAUGAACCACUUAACUUACAUUUUAUUUCUGCGACGACUGUGAAAUAUCAACCGUUGGGAGGCGUUUUGGAUUUACCUCUGUUAAAUUUAAGGAAUUUUACGAGAGGAACCGUGAUUAUCGGGUUCUAUAAAUGUAUUUGUUGGUUUCAUUCAUUCGGGAUUUAGUUUUAUCAAAUCAUUCAAGAGCCAUGGGGAUGAUAAGUUUAAAAAAGAAUACAACAUGAACAUCGAAAGUAAUAUUAUGGAAACAGUGGAAGUAUCAAAGUGAAGCUCUUCAAAGGACGGAAUUCUUUAUUUGGGAAAAAAUGGAAAACCUUCACCAAAAAUAAUUCUACAGAUGUAAAUGCUGAAAAAAUAUAAUUUAGUGAACUUCAAAGCGGUUAGAACUCAAUAUUUGAGUGUCGCAGAAAAUUAUGAAGUGAAAGGCCCAGAGAAGGUGGAUUUAAUGAUUUUAAACAAGAAGGAUUUUUAUCAGAUAAAGCACGAAGAUGUAACUGAUUGACAGAUGUACGGUCUUUUAAAGUGGGCUGUGAACUUAUGGACUGGGUAGAUUUCUAUUGGUUCAAAUUAUCUGAUUCACUCUACUAGUGGCUUGUUAAACAGUUAAAAAGGAUGUAAUCACUAGUGAACGAGGGGAAAAAAUACAAGGAGCAGGGCAUGUACACACCCAUAACCAAUCAGAAUCCGUCUACUGGAUUAUUACGGACAGUGACGGAGACUUAAGGAUAUUAAUAUAGAUAUAUUGAACUGCGCCACCAGUGCUUUAUGAUUAGUGUGGUACUGUUAUAGUAUAUUAUGUGAAGAAUGAAUGAAUAAAAAGGAACAACUCUUGUACGAAUGAGAGAAAAAAAAAUUGUGGGGGACAAGAGAAAAAAACUCAUUAAACCUAGGAAGUUUUCAAAAAUUGAAUCAUGAUUUUAAAUUAACAGCAAAAUGUAUUACAGAGAAAAUCCAGAGAAAUCCACGAAGGCUUAUAAACAGGUGCGAGAGUUAGCACGGUGUUCAGCGUGAAAGUGACGUUACAGGCAACCAUCAUCGAACGUAGACCAGGGGAUAUAGGUAUGCGCUCUACCGCGGUACUCUCCGCGCUACAAACAGCAGUGUUUGCGUUUCUGAUUCUUACCGGACCCUCCUUGCAGUGCGCCUCCCCUAGGGGGUCGGGGAGGAGGCACAGGACCGGAAAUAGGACUCCUCUAGUGUAUAAACAACAUGUGCCCAACGUCUCGGAAAAUACUCUUGGAGCCAGCGGCUUGGCGGAGGGACGCAUUACAAGGGACGACCCCAAAUUCAAAAAGCUGGUUACAAAUGACAACCCGGAUAUCAUUUUCCGAGAUGAAGAAGGGGACGGUUCUGACCGAAUCAUGACACAGAGAUGCAAAGACAAACUGAAGAUUUUAGCAAUAUCAGUCAUGAACACGUGGCAGGGGAUCAAACUUCGGGUGACCGAGGCCUGGGACGAUGAUGGUCAUCACGCUAAGGACUCCCUGCAUUACGAGGGGCGAGCCGUGGACAUCACAACCAGCGACAAGGACAGAGCCAAAUAUGGCACAUUAGCAAAACUGGCGGUGGAAGCCGGAUUCGACUGGGUGUACUUCGAGUCCAGGGGUCACAUCCAUUGCUCUGUUAAAUCAGAUUCCUCAGCAGCAAUUAAGAUUGGAGGAUGUUUCCCACCAUUGGCUACUGUGUAUACGGAACAUAGUGGGACAAAGAACAUGGAAGAUCUUCAAGUCGGCGACAAAGUUCUGAGCUUAACAGCCAACGGAAAACUCGGUUACAGCGAGGUUGUAUCGUUCCUUGAUAAGGACCAAAAGCGUAGUGGACUGUACUUUACUAUUACCACAAGUGAUCUAAGAACCAUAACUCUUACUGACAGACAUCUUAUUUAUACGUCUGUUACGAAUUCAUCUUCUAUCGAAUCUUUUGUUGCAAAUUACGCACAAACAGUUCAAGCUGGUCAAUUUGUUUUAAUCAGUGGCGAUGAUAGUGAAAUCAGAUCGUCACUAGUGACACACGUGACGUCACAAACUGUGAAUGGUGUUUAUGCACCACUGACUUAUGACGGGACCAUUGUUGUGAAUGGUGUCGUGACGUCAUGUUACGGUGUAAUCAAUAGUGAACUAAUCGCACAUUUUUCCUGCAGCCCUCUUAGAUGGUUCCAUACUUUAUCAAAAUACAUUCCAUUCAUAUCACGUGAUACGGAACAAGAUGGCGUCCAUUGGUACGCGGAGUUCCUUUACUCAAUGGGAAGAGUCUUACUUAGUCCGGAUUUGCUCUACAUUGUUUGAUUUGUAAUAUUGUCUAUGUCUUCUUAUGAUAAUAAGGCUGUGACAGCAGUAUCUUAUGUAACUUUAAUAUUUUUACAAUACAAAUCUUGAUGAGACUUUUUUUGAUGAUGUCUGGUGUAGGAAAAUGGCUGAAUUUUAUUUUUUUUUCUCCUGAAUGAAGACAGCUGGAUUGUUAUCUGUAUGAGAUGUUUAAUCUUUAGACGAUUAUGGUCUGGGUUGUAUAUAUAAGUUCAUAAGUUAUAAUUUAUUUUUAUUUAUUGUUUUAGUAGCCAUUAAUAAAUUCAAAAUUCGUUAUAUACUUCUAUUUAAUAUUGAUCAACAACCUCCUGUCUCCUUGUCGCACUAUUGUUGAAUUUAUAAUGAGUUAUGAUAACAUUGAUUACACUAGCUUAAUUACUGAUGCCUCGGUUACUUUUUAUGACAAUGUGUCGUCCCAUCUUGAUGAAGGAAAAACUAUAAAUAAUACUGAUUUUUUUAAUGUCAUAACUACACCCAUAAAUUGUACAAUCACAUCAAAUUAGUCAAGUCGAUCGCUGUUUUCUGUAGCUAUAAAUAACAUUAUCUUUUAGGUGCAAAUAGGACAUUGUUAACUAUCCUCAAUCAUCUUUUGAUGCCUGCUCUAAUACUAGUUUUCUCUAAAAUGUAUUCUUUUACCGGGCUGUUAAUACGCAAAGCAAUACUUUUAUAUCCUUAGUGUUCAAUUGCUUUGUGACAUUCCAUCUGUAUAUUCUUUGUACAUACAUGUAAAGGUAUUUCAUGAAAUUUUUUCGUUCCAAAGAAUGAACAAGUAAUAUUGGUGCAUGCGUCCAUUUUACUUCAAAGAAAUUUUAAGCUUUUAAUUUUGAGCACAAAAGUCAUGAUAAAAUAAUGAUUAAGACUGGUUGCAGAACUUACGACAAAUUAAUAUUGUUUAUUUAGAUAGAAAUCCAAAGCCUUUUUUUUAACUUAAAUUAUGAUUGAAUUUGAGUGGAAGGAGAUCUGAAUGUUGGUUGUUGGAUGGUUGAUUAUUACAUUUUAUAGUUGAAAUACGGUGGAAGUUGGUGCUAUUGCUUGUGUUGUUCAAUUGUUCAACUGCACGUGUUCUGAAAAUGAAUCAGCUGCAUUAUGUUUAUAGUUAUUACAAGUCGUUGUACAAUGAAAUGUAAUAUUGUUAUGUAAAUUAUUUUUCUGACGUCACAGUGUGAAUGUCAUGUUUUAGUCUGCAAAAAUGUUAGAAUAAAAAUAUCUUCAGCAAA